AAGCUGGAAACUUGGGAGUGGAAAAGAGACCUGAAACUGAAAGAAAGAGCAAAAACACCAAAACUUUCCCCUCUCUCUCUCACCCCAGCCAUGAGCCUCUUCGGUAUAGGAAGAAACCAGAGAACAUUCCGCCCUAAAAAGAGUACUCCUUCUGGAAGUAAGGGAGCUCAGCUUAGAAAACAUAUUGAUGCCACAUUGGGUAGUGGAAAUCUGAGGGAAGCAGUAAAGCUACCUCCUGGGGAGGAUUUAAAUGAGUGGCUAGCUGUUAACACUGUUGAUUUCUUCAACCAGGUGAAUCUGCUCUAUGGUACCCUAACGGAGUUUUGUACUCCUGAAAAUUGUCGGACAAUGUCUGCUGGACCCAAGUAUGAGUAUAGAUGGGCAGAUGGAGUACAAAUUAAGAAACCUAUUGAGGUUUCUGCUCCAAAAUAUGUAGAGUAUCUAAUGGACUGGAUUGAAUCACAGCUUGAUGAUGAAUCCAUAUUCCCCCAGAAGCUUGGUUCACCAUUUCCUGCCAACUUUAAGGAAGUCGUGAAGACAAUAUUCAAGCGAUUGUUCCGUGUAUAUGCUCACAUAUAUCAUUCUCACUUUCAGAAAAUUGUGAGCCUCAAAGAAGAGGCCCACUUAAACACUUGCUUCAAGCAUUUUAUACUCUUUACCUGUGAGUUCGGGCUGAUUGACAAAAAGGAGCUGUCACCCCUUCAAGAGCUUAUAGAAACCAUAAUCGUUCCAUAUUAGAUUAUAUGAAUUGGGACCCAACUUAUCCUAGGAAAAGGCAUAACUAUUUGACUUCAGAAAGCCUCGUUGUAUUUGUGUGUUACAUGUGCUUGGGAACAGGAUCCAUGUUAUCCUUCAUAGCUUCCACAAAAAUCAUAUUAUGCAAUGGGAUAUACAUAUAAGAAAAAUGUUAAUUUGUAAUGGCUCAUAUAUACCAAUGAAGACCAUACUUCAUGUUCGAUGCUUUAAUAUGAAGUUGGAAAGGUCGUUACUGGAAUAAUGUUUAUUGUUAAUAUUUAAAUGUCAAUCAUUUAGUUU